GUGGAUAUUUACUAGUUUGUGGCUGGUGUUGAACUCGCAGGAAAUGGGAGUACUUUGACACUGCACAGCGAAUUUUAUUAUAAGUCAAGGUUGUAGUUUGGGUGGGUAGCAAUGAUUUCGAUGGGCAUGGCGCCGAGGAAACGUCGAUGAUGGCGCGCUAUGGCGCCACCUUGCUCCUGCUGGCGUGUUGCGUCAGGCCGCAAACGUUCGCCGACCAGACGAAGUGUCCAAGUCUGGCCGCCAACCCCUCCUGUCAUUGCUUCAACUUCGAGAAUGGCAUCUUCCUCGAGUGUCCAGCCGCCACCGCUUCAUCCCUCAAGUCCGUGCUUCAGAUCAUCCAAGGUCCCGUACAGUCACUUAGCGUCUACGAUCCGGAUAAAAUGUUGACCAAACUACCCAAGGAUUUCUUCCCUGAAUCCACAAUAAUCAAACAUCUCAUCAUUUCCCAAUCGAACAUACAAGAGUUGCACGAUGACUGUUUGCUGCCACUUAAACCUCAACUGGAAUCGUUUGGUCUGGUUUCCGGGAAACUACGCGAAAUCCCACAGAAAUCCUUUAAGGGAUUGUUGAAACUGAUUUCGCUAGAUCUGGAGUCCAACCAGAUCAAUGAUCUGCCCAGCUAUAGUUUUUAUGGACUGCAUCUCAUCAAGCUCAAUAUGAAAGGGAACAAAGUGGAGAAGGUGUCGGAAUACGCAUUUGCUGGCUUGGAGGAUUCUUUAGCUGAAUUGGACAUGGCCGAAAACAAACUUCAGCAUUUUCCAAUUAAAGCCCUAAGACGUCUCGAGCGUCUUCGACAUUUGCGCCUUGCCUGGAACGAAAUUAAUGCCAUACACGACGACACCUACUCCAGACUUGAUUCCCUUUUAUUUCUGGACCUCAGCUCGAACAAUUUUGAAAACUUGGGCGAGGACUGCUUUCGACCUUGUCCCGCCGUUCGCACUCUUUCGUUGUAUUACAACGUAAUAGAGACUGUGCAUCAGGAUGCAUUCGCUUCACUUAAGGACCUGCAAUCCUUGGAUUUGAGUCACAACAAAAUCGUCUAUUUGGAUUCGGUUACGUUUCAGAAUAACAAGAGACUAAAAUCCAUAGAUCUAAGUCACAAUCACGUACACUAUAUUAGUGGGGUAUUUGCUUUCUUGCCGGAUUUGAAGGAACUAUUUUUAUCUGAGAACAACAUUCUGGAAAUACCUUCCGAUGCGUUCACAGAUUCGCUUAAUCUAUCCGUAAUUUAUCUGCAGCAGAAUGCCAUCAGACGCGUGGAUGUGGAAGCACUGUCAACACUCUACAAUCUGGCUCAGUUACAUCUUAGUUCGAACUUCGUGCCACACAUUCCUAGGGACUUCUUUCAACAAAACCGCAAUCUUACUUCUCUAAGUUUGGAUAGCAACUGGUUGUCCGACUUGGAACCGGGCACGUUCGACAAAUGCACGAGCCUGCGGGAAAUCCGACUGCACAACAACCGGUUACAGAACGUGCACCGAGGCGUUUUCGAUCCUCUGCCCUCUUUGCUCGAGCUGCAUCUGCAAAACAAUCAAAUCGGCACCAUCGACUCCGGUGCGUUCCGUAGCCUGCAGAGUCUCCAGCACGUGAACCUCCAAGGAAAUGUGAUUUCCGAAUUGGGAGACGUGUUCAUGCACGAAUCGCCGUCGCUUGUCUCUAUUCAAUUAGACUCGAACAGUAUCACUACGCUGCAUAACGACUCGUUGCGGGGCCAAUCCAGCGUGCAAAUUAUGUGGCUGGGACACAAUCGGCUCAAGCGCUUGGAUCGGGCACUUUUCCGAGACCUACUGCUCAUUCAAAGAGUUUACUUGACGAACAAUAGUAUCUCGUUUAUCGAGGAUAAGUCCUUUGAGCCGAUGCAAGCCCUGAAGUUUCUCGAUCUGAGCAUGAACCAGCUGACGGAAAUUACGACGCGGACGUUCGCCGAGCUACACGAACUGGAGGAGCUGUACAUGUCGCACAAUUUGCUGGAGAAAAUAGAACCGCACGCUUUGACCAACUUAAAGAAGCUUAGAAUUCUAGACUUGUCUAACAAUCCCAUAAAAGUGUUGCACGACGAUAUCUUUCAGGAGGGAUUGCCCAUAAGGAUGUUAAAUCUUUUUAACUCCUCGAUAUCAAAGAUAGAAGUCGGCGCUUUUAGGGGGCUUAACAACCUCAACGAAUUAAACUUAGCUGCUAACGAGUUAAUGUCCCAAGAUUUAAAGCACUUAGACAUACCCGGCCUGAGAGUCCUUAAGCUUUCAAAUAACAACUUCAGUGAUUUAGCAGGCGAAUGUUUAAACGGUCUGCCCUCUUUGCAAAUAAUUUCGCUAGAUCAGUGCGGUAUUCUCAAACUGCCAAACAAUAUUUUCUCCAAAAACAAAAACUUACUAAAAAUAGAUGUGAGCCAGAACAAUUUAGUUGAACUGAAACACGGCGUGUUCUUCAGCUUAAACGUGCUUAAGGAACUGAAACUAUCCGGCAACGCUUUCACCGAACUGCCAUACACUGCCCUCCUGAAUAUUUCCACGAUGGAAACGCUGUCCCUUGCCCACAAUCAGUUGACCAGCAUCGAAAUAUCCCGGCUGAACGGUCUGCCAAAUCUUAGAGAAUUAGACUUAAAAAAUAACAUAAUCUCAUCGUUAUCCGGCUUCGCCUCGGCCAAUUUAACUCAGCUUCAAUCCGUCGACCUGAGCGGUAACGCUUUGUCUGCGUUGCCUGCAAAUUUUUUCCAUCAUUCACCGCAACUGCGUGUCAUUGAUCUUUCGUGCAAUCGUUUCCGACAAAUACCCAACUCCGCAUUAUCCGAGAACACUUUGCCGGGACUGGGGUGGUUGAAUUUGACUGGAAAUCCGUUGGUGAGGAUCCACGAUAUCGCAUCGGCGCAUCGAUAUCCUUCACUGGAGGAAGUGCAUAUAAGUUUAACAAAUUUAAGUAUUGUAACGAGUAAAGAUUUCGAAUCGUUUCCUUCAUUAUUGCAUGUGUAUUUGGGACAGAACCGUAUCUCAAGGAUUUCUCCUGGAGCCUUUGGAAGUCUGCCGCACCUAUUAACUUUGGACUUAGGUAUUAACGAGUUAGAGCUGAUGCCACAGGAACGUCUUCAAGGUUUGAGCCACUUGCGCAUAUUAAAUAUGACUCAUAAUAAGCUUAAAGAGCUGGAGGAGUUCCCGUCUGAUAUGAAAUCAUUGCAAAUACUAGACAUCUCCUUCAAUCAGAUUGCACGCAUCACCAAGACCACCUUCCAACAUUUGGAGAACUUGGCGGAACUGUAUUUAUACGGUAAUUGGAUUUCUCAAGUAUCUGGAGAUGCUUUUAAACCUCUGAAGAAGCUGCGUACUCUGGAUUUGAGUAAAAACUAUCUCGAACAUAUACCCUUGAACGCGUUCAGACCUUUGGAAACACAAAUCAGAAGUUUAAGGACUGAAGAAAAUCCGUUAUCGUGCAGCUGUGACUCUCAAGAACUGUGGGAGUGGCUUAGGGACCACCAAAAACUGGUCGAAAGAACCAACACGUUGGAACUGCGAUGCGAACACCCUCCUGAAUUGAGAGGUAGAGUUUUUUUGGAUCUCGAUCCGGAACAAUUUUGCGAUCAGCCGAUGGUUGUGAAGCUGGGCAUCCAAGAUAUCCAACCUUUUUCCGUCUUGGUAUCCUGGCAGAGUCGCAAUCACUCCGGGCUACACGGGUACCAAGUGGCGUACUACUCAAUGGAUACUGUUGAUGAGAUAAGAGGAAAGAUGCUGGAUCGCAGCUCGCGUUCGAUGAAGCUGUCCAAAUUGUACCCCGGUACCAGAUAUCUAAUUUGCGUGUUGGCUUUGGGCAACUGGGCCUCGCAUCGUCGAGAAACUGCCGAGUCUCGUCUGGCGACUCGUCGACCUGAAAACGACACUGGGCGGGAUCUGCUUGAAAUCUUCAGCGACAACAUACUGCCCCUGCUCGUCGACUCGCCCACCAGUCGGUGCACCGAGGUCAGCACUUUGGGGGCACCGGAUAUGCAGCUUGGCCUUGGAAUUCUUCCAGAUCAUUCGAUGGGUGUACAGUCGAUUCUGACGCGUCGUCUCGGGCUGAUAAUCGGCUGUUGCAUGGGUUUUAUUGUGUUCAUCGUGCUGGUGUCGGUGCUCGGCUAUUUGAAGGUGAAAAAACAACGGCAAGCGGUGAAACGGGAACAACCCAUACCCCCGGAGUACAUCUCCUACAGACACUUCUCGAUCCAGAGUGGCGAGGCGGGUGCACACGGUGGACAUCCGCACUUCAUCACCAGCAUGAACACGACGAAUUUAAAUUAAAUAUUGAGGUAAGCGGUGUUUCAGACGAUCUCGGAAGUGAGUGCGGUUUUAAUUGACUAGUAGACAUUAUACAACAGUUUUACUUAACGAAAAAACAGUAUAUGACCAAUAUUUAGUAGUUUAAGUGGUUGUUUAACCAUGUGUAGUUGAUUUUACAGACACACACUGUGUACGAUUUUGGCAAAAAUAAGUUUGAUUCGUUCGAAAUGAAGUACUUGAUGUUGCUACCCUUCCCCCCAUCCCAAUCAAGAGAAUUAGUAUUAAACAUUAAUGAAAUUUAGACAGGCAAAACUAUAGCCUUAAUUAUAAUGUUGUUGUCGUCGUUGUACCAAACUUCUAAUUACAGAUUAAUAACUUGUGAACGAAACAAAUUUAAUUAUGCUGAACUUUAAUAAAUUCAGAAUUGUUUCUGAUAUUUAUCGCUAAAUUAUACAACAUUUUUACACAUGAUUAAUUCAGAGUGUAGUUUUACGCGGAAACUAAAUUACUUGUGACUAAUAUGAUGAAAUCGAACUUUGACUAUGCGGUGCUAUUAAAUGAAUUUCUUAAUAUUAUAGUGUGAACCCAAAUUUUAUUUACAUUAUGUAUUUUUCUAUUUUGGU